CCUGGGUCACAUGGUGCAGAGCUGCACCCCUACCCGUGUCAUGAAUGCCCUGCUGGUCGGUGGGCUGAGCCACCGUAACGCUGCGGUGAGGAGCUGUACUGCUCAGCACCUGGAGAGACUGGCUGAGGUCAUGGGGACGGCUCGUCUCCUCUCGGGGAAGAAAGACCUCACUGACCGUUUCUUGAUUGCCGUCAGUAAACUGGCUGUGGACCCUUCACAGGAAGUCAGGUGGGAAGUUCCUCCUGUAAAGUAGCUUGCUUCAACAUAACAGUUAAGGCUGGGAUUAAAU